AUGAUUGCAUUAAUAACAGGAGCAGAAGCUGCAUGGAUUGGGGAUGUUUUAUUAGAAUUAGUUCCAUUAUUAGCAAAUUCUAUCGCUUCUCUAGUAAGAUUAUCAAAUACAAAACAAACUUAAGGAGUUAAUAUAUUAUUAGAAUAAGAAUUAGAAUUAUAAAGUGGAUCAUUUCGUAAGACAAUAUUAUAUAAUAACUAACCAAUUAAUGAUAUUUAAUUAUCUGAAGUGAUGAAUGAAACAAUAAUAUAAAUAGAUAGAUGUUGUUAAUCAGUUUGGAAAUAUAUUCCAUCAGGUAUUGCAACAAUAAUUACAUGGACAUUAACUGGACAAGCAAUGCGACAUGAAUUUAUUAUUAUUGAUACUAUACAUCAUAGUUGUUGUCUUGAAUUAGUUAAAUGUUAAGGAGAAUAAUCAGAAGAGACUUAAAAACUAAUUUUUAAUAUUUAUGGAGUCCAAACAUAGGAGUAACGAUAAAUUAUUAGAAAUUAAAUACUGAAAGAUAGAUCAUAUAAUAGAGUGUUAUGUUCUAUAAAGGUUUAACACUAAUUAUAUUUGAGUUAAAUAAAUUAUUUUUCAAAUUUACUAUUAAUUAGUUGGAGGAAAAUUUAUUAGAAUAGCAGUAAAACUGUCAAUUUUUUUAAUUUAUUUUAGAAAAUGAGUAAACAAUAUGCACGAUCUUUAUAUUAUUUUUCAUAAGAAUAACCAGAUUAUGAUAUAGUACUUUAAUCAAUUUUUGGGAUUUUUACUGAUAAACCUCUUUAUCUUCCUAGAAUUGAUAUGUUAGCAGUUGAGAAAUUAGUUUGGCAUGGAUCUAAAUUUUCUGAUUAGAUGAGAAAUUCAAUUGAUAGUUUUAUUAGAAUAGUAUAAUCAAUUAGGAAUGGAAUAGAUUUUUCUUAAACAAUUAUAAAUUGA